GGGCGCGGGCCGGUGGAACCUCUGGUCGCCAUGGACCCGUUCCUGGUGCUGCUGCACUCGGUGUCGGCCGCCCUGUCGAGCAGCGAGCUGACCGAGCUCAAGUUCCUGUGCCACUCGCGCGUGGGCAAGCGGAAGCUGGAGCUCGUGCAGAGCGGCCUCGACCUCUUCUCCCUGCUUCUGGAGCAGAACGACCUGGCACCCGAGCACACCGAGCUGCUGCGCGAGCUGCUCGGCUCCCUGCGGCGCCACGACCUGCUGCGGCGCCUGGACGACUUUGAGGCGGGAGCCGCGGGCGGGGCGGCGCCCGGGGAGGAAGACCUGCGUGCAGCAUUUGACAUCAUAUGUGAUAAUGUGGGGAAAGACUGGAGAAGACUGGCUCGUCAGCUUAAAGUUUCUGACGCCAAGAUUGAUGGCAUCGAGGAAAGAUACCCCCGAAACUUGACGGAACGGGUGAGGGCGUCGCUCAGAAUCUGGAAGAACACAGAGCGGGAGUGCGCAACAGUGGCCCACCUGGUGGGGGUGCUGAGGGCCUGCCGCAUGAACCUGGUGGCUGACCUCGUGGAAGAGGACCAGCAGGCCCGGAGCCUCCAGAACAGGAGUGGCACCGUGUCCCCGAUGUCAUGGGAAUCAGACGCAUCUGCCUUGGAAGCACCCUGACAGGCCCACUGCCCUUCUCCAGGGACUGGGGCAUCUGCAAAGUGUGGACUUUGGCUCUCUCCCUCAAGGGUAGCGCCUUGUAUGCGCUCGCCCACUGACCAACUGCUUCUGAAUUCAAGCUACGUUCAUUGACAUUUCCUCUGUGCCAGGCAGGGCUCGGGCACUGCACAGAUAUUUCCAUUUGUCUCGUCAUCGCCCUGUGUGCAAGAUCCUAUUGUCUCCAUUAAACAAGCUCCCGCAGGGAAAUUUGAAGCCAUGUCUGCACACAGAAGGAAUAUGUACAAAUUAGUGGUUGUUGCUAUUAUUCUCCAGGAGAGGAAACGAGCCCAGAGGUUAAGGAGCUGGAGGAGAGGCAGAGCAUGGAAAGAGGAGAGCUGGGAUUUGAGCCCACACCGUCCAGCUUGCAGCCCACGCUUCUAACCACUGUGACGUCCUGCUGUCCACACGAUAGGCAUAAGGGAGGGUUUGUUCUGUUUCCUUUGAGAUCGUCAGGGGACACCUGGACACCCGGAUCAGGGGGCGUGGGGAACAGAGUUGAGAAGCACUGUGGUCUAGGAGUUGGAGGCCUGGCUCAGCCAUAGGUCAGCUCUCAGCCCCUGAGCACCUUCAGUCUCCUCUUUGAGGCUCGCACAGUAAUAAUGGCUAUGAGGAUAGACUGGGAUAAUAUCUGUCAUGUGCUCACGAGUGAUUGGCAGAUGGUCAGUGCUCUAAAUGUUAGUUCUUAUAAGGAUUAUGAUGCCUGUGAUUCUAUUUUGUAUCAAAAUCACUGUCUUUCUGAUAACGGAAUUGGCAAGGGAGCCAGGUCCUAUCAUUUAAAAAAACAACCCUCUUGCUUCUAAGUUAAUCCUUUUAAAGCAGAUCCUUUGCAGUGGAAACCUCCAUAUUACAGAGAAUUUCCCACUCCUGCUGGUGAUUCAUUCAAAUAUUCUUGAAAGUCCCCAUACAGCUAGUUUCACUUUCCCUUACAGCCUAUCAUGGGCUCUACUCUGUGAAUAGGGUGGCUGGAUUUUCUAACCUCUCACUAACACUGUCGAGGAGAGUGUUUACCCUAAGCAAGCAUGGUCUGCUAGAGGGCAGCUUUUGCCACUGCUGGGCUCUGCCUCCCCCUGAGAGGUGCCAGAGUCAAGUGGCCAUUCUUUGUCCCAGCUGUCCAGCUAUGGUCUUGGGAAAGCCACAUGUGCCAUGCUGUGCCACCUUGACUUUGGAUUGCUGAGAUCUUAGCCAAGGUCACUGGGAGCACUGUCCCCACUAAGCCCCUCCUCAUGAGCCUUCAGCAGAUACUUCCUGAUGCUGGACACCAUGCUAGGAGCAGGGGCCACAGCAGUCAAUGAGGCAGAAGUGACCCUGCCCGUUGGCCCCCCAAACCCAGCCGAUAACACAAGUGCUAAGCAGUUCACCCCUAUGGUGCUGCCAAGGAACUGAGCCAACUGCAGUCCCAUAAUGACAUGGCCUGCCCCUCUUCUAGACACUAUAUGUCCCACACCCCAGUAGCAGCUGCCUAUUCAAGCCUCAGGUCAGGUCAGAUCAGGUCUGUUCUGUAGAGAACAGACACAUCGUCCCUCACCAUCCAUGAAUAUGAGGAGCUUGGCUUUGGGGAAUAAGGUUUUGCAGGGAGAGGGUGCAGCGUAUGCAUAUUUCUUGAACAGAAUCAGAUUUCAGAGCUUCUGCCAUUCCCAUAGAAGUUUAUGGCAUAAACUGCUGUAAUGUGGAAAUGCUCUCCGCCUCUCUCUGCUUCUCACACCUGGAAGGAACCCCUGGCCUUUCACCACACCGGGUGUUCUAAGAGGGGUUUUGAGAAUACAAGAUUAUUGCACCUAAAACUUUCCAUCGCCCGGGAGCAAGGGCUGGACGGGGGUUCGUCCCCCAUCUGCCACGGGUUACUCCUGUGGCCUGUCCCUCAGUCCUCCUGUAUCACUGAGGGGCUGGGUCUCCUGCCCUGGGCACUUAACAUGCCAGGACUGUUCCUGUACUGCAGAUUAAGGAGCAGACCUAGGCUCCACGCCCAGCCUCACCAUGACCCACCCUGUGCCUUGACCCUUCCCCGAACAAGACACGGAGCUGAAUUCCCAGACUCUAGUCCUCUGCAUCGUUGCUGCUGAACACACCUGCUGUCCACUUCCCAGGACGGGGUGGGGGUGGACCAGCCCCUGGCAGCAAAGCCGAAGGGCAUGGUGCCAUGUGGCGAAGUUGCACAAGAAACCACCCCCAGAAGGCAGGACUCGGGGCCAGGUAGAAAGAUGCAUGCAAUCAGCCAAUCUCAGUCCAUUCAUGAAGCCACCACGUAACGACACUGCCAGAAGCCGAGGCCACUACAGGACGGGACAAGCAGCCUGUCCUUAGGAAGCACAGGACUUUUCCCAGCUGUGUGAGACAAAAGGGGAAGUGGAUAAUAUACACACAAGUGUAUACACAAUGCUUAUGUAGGCCCAAAAAGUGGGAACAUGAUAGUGGUAAGUGUUUAUUAAUGAUGGUUGUUUUCUGGGUGAUAGGCUAUUAUGUUUUCUGUAUUUUCCACAUUCUCUAUUAUGCAUUUUUCAUUUCUUGAAAAUUGUCCACCAGCUGCAGUAAUAGGUGCAACCUGACUCCUUAGUGGGGAAUAUUUGCAGAGAGCAGUGGAGCACAUAGCUUUCCAGGCUGGCCUGGGUUCCAGUCCUGGCUCUGCGCCUCAGUGGCUCCAUCCCUCUGAAGAGGCUGUUAGAUAAAUAUUAAUUCCUCACCAAAAUCUGGGGUGACUUGCUUCUCGGGUGCCUUAAAAGUCAGCAGCAAAAUUUCACCCAGAAUCUCAGAGGUCAGUCCGGAGGUUAUUGUGUUGCCUCUCUAUGGUCUGCUCAGAGUACCCGAGCCUGGCUCCUGUGUGAACAGAUGCACAGCCACGGCGGGGAGGAGGGGCAUUUGCGCAGCAUUUCCCCGCCUUUGACUGGAGCUGCUGCUCGCAGGGGAGUGUGUCCUGGAUCUUCAUACCCUCUCCUGGGACAGACAUACCGUGACAGGUUCAAUUACAUCCCACCCAAAGUAGGGACCUGCUGCAAUUUUUGGACAAGAAUUUCUUGCGGCAAUUUUACCAAAAAAAAACAUGUUUGCUUUUUUGCAAUCAUAAAAUUCGUGUUUCGAAAAAGAUGCACAUAAAUUAUGGGGUUUACUUGAAAGCUAAAGUUUAAGGCCACACCUUGCUCUCUUGAUCUUCCCCUGAUAAGGGGGAAGGAAAGUCCAGAUGCCUGUGCUUUGCAGGGGCCUGCAGCCUAUGCAGGGCAUCCAGCGAAGCGUGUCUUGGGACACGGUCGGCUCCCGCAGACUUCCUGGCU